CCUCCUAAAAGAAAAUCAAAAGCUAAGAAAAGUAAGCAAACGAUGAGAAGUGAAAUAAUAACAGAACGAAGAUCCAAAGUACCAAAAGAAAGAGUGCUACCUCUCUCUCUCUCUCUCUCUCUCUCUCUCAUUACUCCAUUGCAUCACUUGGUUUUUUUCAUUUUUACCAUUUUCAUACCUUCGUUUAUAGUCCCAUUUUCUCAGUCUAAGCCUUUAGCACCUGUUAAUUUCAUGGUCCCAUUGUUCAUGUUCAUGUUGAUGUUCAUGGGGAUUCCAAAGGCAAGGCUGCUAGACAAUCAGCUUCCACCACCACAAAUUUGGACACCGCCCGCAAUAGUGGUGGACGCAAGCAGUAGCAGCCGCUACACGCAUACAUCAAUCGAGACACUGGUGGUGGUUUUAGCAGUGAUCACAAUAGUAGGUGUGAUUGCAGGGAUUGUAGCUCGGUUAUGUGGUGGAAGGCAUCUUGGUGCUGAGCAUGAUAUUGAAGGAUGGGUUGAGAGCAAGUGCAGGAGUUGUAUUGAUGGUGGAGUUCCACUGGAACCUUCCCCUGCAGCACCACAAUCCAAGCCAGCUGCAACAACGGAAGAAGCAAAGAAGUGAAAUUAUAUGGAUCACACCAUAAAUUAUAUAUAUUUAUAUAAUUAUAAGAGGCAGCAGAACUACUACAAGAAACUAAAUUUAAAGGUGAGGUGUAAUCCCAUGCUCAUUUGUUAAUCGUUAAUCAUAGGGAAUAUAUAUGGGCUUAUUACCAUUCACUAUAUGUGCUUGAUGAGGGUAACAUAGUUUUAUUGUACGUAAGAGUAGGAGCUGUACUACAAAUUUAGUAGAGAGGGUAUUGAGUUUUUACCCAUGCGUCACAAGGUUGAAACUUCCUUGCCUACUAAAUUAUUGUAAUAGUUUCGAACCACU